UUUUGUUUAUCUUGCAGUCCCUGCUUCUAUCCGUUAUUCCCAUACAGACGUCAAAGUGCCUGACUUCUCCGACUAUCGUCGCACUGAAGUGUUAGAUGGUACAAAGUCUUCAAAAGAGAGCAGUGAGGCUAGAAAAGGUUUCUCCUACUUGAUAACUGCAACAACUACUGUCGGUGUUGCAUAUGCUGCCAAGAAUGUUGUCUCCCAGUUUGUUUCCAGCAUGAGUGCUUCUGCAGAUGUGUUGGCCAUGUCGAAAAUUGAAAUCAAGUUAUCUGAUAUUCCAGAAGGCAAGAACAUGGCUUUCAAAUGGAGGGGCAAACCCUUGUUUGUGCGGCAUCGAACCAAGAGGGAAAUUGAACAGGAAGCUGCAGUUGAAGUGUCCCAGCUGAGGGACCCACAGCAUGAUUUAGACCGAGUGAAGAAACCUGAGUGGGUUAUUCUGAUAGGUGUUUGCACCCAUCUUGGUUGUGUACCCAUUGCAAAUGCAGGAGAUUUUGGUGGUUAUUACUGCCCUUGCCAUGGGUCACACUAUGACGCAUCUGGCAGGAUCAGGAAGGGACCUGCACCUCUCAACCUUGAAGUUCCCUCAUAUGAGUUCACUGGUGAUGAUAUGGUGGUUGUUGGUUAGAGAGCUGAACUCAAGUUAUAGGCUUCUUUCAGUCUUCAUGUAACCUCAGAAGACUUAUUUGAAAGCAGUCCUUCUGUACUUAAAGUUGGUUGAUUUGAAAUAUUAAGAACUGCUAAUAAUGUAUUUUUAAACACGUAAAGUAAAUUGAGUUUAAUGUUGAAUAAAGCUGCCACCUAAUAAAGCCACUGUUAAACAUUGUUAAGCUCUGUCAAAGACUUGAAAGGUACAGUGUCUUUGAUAGUUAAUUCUAAUUAAAAAAUUGCAGACUGGUUAUACCAAA